AUGGGUAACCACAGCUCGCAGGAUCGCCGAGACAGGUCCAAGGGCACUGAUCUGGGCCAUUAUGGAACGGGCCGGGGCACAGAGGGGCCCUUCACACUGCACCAGCGCACCACUAACACCAGCAUCACCAAGCCAUCUACACAGCAGGCUGCUAAUCACUCACCACACCACACACUCCAGCAGGACAAGGAGGGUGAUGACACGCCACCCCCGAGAGUGCGUCCGAUCAUUCCUGCCGGGAACAAGAAAAUACUGCCAGUGGUCAUCAAGUGGACAGGUGGAGGCACCAACGUGGCCAUUGCUGGGACCUUCAACCACUGGCAGAAGAUACCCAUGGUGAAGAGUGAGAAGGACUUUGUGGCCAUAGUGGACCUGCCAGAGGGUUCCCAUGAGUACCGCUUCAUGGUGGACGGGGAGUGGAAGGUCAGCAAGAACGACAACACCACCACCAACACCGCCAACAACAACAACGCCAACAUCAACAACAACAACAACAAGAACAACAACAAUGUCAUCACCAUCAGCGAGACGGACUUUGAGGAGUUUGAGACAGCACUGCUCCCCGACCCCAACGACAAGGGUGAUGACAAGAAGUCCCACGGGUCGGCUGGCAGCAGGGACAGGGCAGGCUCGGAGGAGGAUGAGUUUGGGCAGGACAUCCCGGAAUACCAGCAGACUGACAAGAUCCGAGGCCCCCCCGUGCUGCCCCCCCACCUCCUGCAGGUCAUCCUCAACAAGGACACACCCAUCUCUUGUGAGCCCACCCUCCUACCUGAGCCGAACCACGUCAUGCUGAACCACAUGUAUGCACUCAGCAUUCGGGACGGCAUGAUGGUUCUCUCCACCUCCAACAGAUACAAGAAGAAGUGUGUCACAACUCUCAUAUAUAGACCCAUUGAGUAGUAUGUCUGUGUGUCUGAGUGUCUGUGUGUGUGUGAUUUUUAUUAUUAUUAUUAUUAUUAUUGUUGUUAUUAUUUUUCAUUUUUUUUCAUAUUUUUUGUGUGUUAAGGGAAAAUACUUAUUA